GCCGCUGCCAUGGCGGCAGCUCCGCCGGUCUCCAAGGCUGAGUAUCUGAAACGUUACUUGUCUGGGGCAGAUGCUGUCUUGGAAGGAGGUCCAGAGUCCGGUCGCAAGCGGCGCAAAAAACGGCCGAAGCCGGGAGGCUCUGGCGGCAAGGGAAUGCGGAUCGUUGAUGAUGAUGUGGGUUGGGCAGCCAUCUCUACCGCUAAGCUGGAAAAGGAGGAGGAAGAAGAUGGAGAUUUGCCUGUGGUGGCCGAGUUUGUGGAUGAGCGUCCAGAAGAGGUAAAGCAGAUGGAGGCCUUCCGCUCCAGUGCCAAGUGGAAGCUUCUGGGAGGCCAUAGUGAAGAUGGACAUUUUCAUCAUGAUGACCAAGAUCCAUCUCCUCCCAGGAGGGUCCGUCAUGAUACCCCGGACCCAUCUUCUCCCAGGAGGGUCCGCCAUGAUACCCCGGACCCAUCUCCCAGGAAGGCCCGCCAUGAUACCCCGGACCCAUCUCCUCCCAGGAGGGUCCGUCAUGAUACCCCGGAUCCAUCUCCUCCUAGGAGGGUCCGUCAUGAUACCCCGGAUCCGUCUCCUCCCAGGAGGGUCCGUCAUGAUAUCCCGGAUCUGUCUCCCCCAAGGAGGGUCCGCCAUGACUCAGAUGCUUCUCCCCCUAGGAAGUCUCAUCGUAAUUCUUCAGCUGUAUCUCCUAGGAGAGGCCAUCAUGGUUCCUCAGGUACCUCUUCCCCAAGACAGGCCCAUAACCACUCUCCUACUGCAGCCCAGCAUAAAAGGACUCUUGACUCUUCAGGUGCACAGCAUCUCAGGAGGACUCGUCAUGAUUCCCCUGAUUUGGAACUGCCCAAAGCCACAAAUAGUAAAGCUGCAGAAAGACCCCCUAGCAAGACUGUAUCCCAGAGUGAGCUAGGACCCUCUCACCCACCACUCUCCACGAACAGCAAGUACGAACAUGACUCUGACCUUUCUCCUCCACGGAAACGGCAAACAAAAGCCCAUUUUGGAGCUAAGAAACAGCUUGAUUCUAAAGGUGUCUACCAAAAAGCCUCUGGUUCAGAUCUCUCUCCUCCACGGAAAAAAAACAAUUCAGGGCACCAGGAUUGUGAUUCAGAUCUGUCACCACCACGGAAUAGACCAAGACACCAGAGCUCUGACUCCGACCUCUCCCCACCCCGGAGAAGACAGAGGACCAAAUCUUCCGAUUCUGACCUCUCUCCACCUCGAAGGAGUCCCCGUCCUGGGAAGAAGGCUCCACAUAUGUAUUCCGGAGUGAAGACUGGAUUGGUCACUGAUGUUCAACGGGAGCACCAGGAACUCAAGAAACAGGACCAAGCCACCCCUGACCUCGGAGCUCAGUUUGAGUUCACUGAAACUGUAUUUCGAGACAAGUCUGGUCGGAAGAGAAAUUUGAAGCUGGAGCGCCUGGAACAGAGGAGGAAAGCAGAGAAAGACUCAGAGCGAGAUGAGCUGUAUGCCCAGUGGGGGAAAGGGCUUGCCCAGAGUCGGCAGCAGCAACAGAAUGUUGAAGACGCGAUGAAGGAGAUGCAGAAACCUCUGGCCCGCUAUAUAGAUGACGAAGAUCUGGAUCGGAUGUUGAGAGAACAGGAAAGAGAAGGGGACCCGAUGGCCAAGUUUAUAAAGAAGAAUAAGGCUAAGGAGAACAAGAAUAAGAAAGAGAGGCCUCGAUACAAUGGUCCUGCUCCUCCUCCCAAUAGAUUCAACAUUUGGCCCGGGUAUCGCUGGGAUGGAGUGGACAGAUCCAAUGGCUUUGAACAGAAGCGCUUUGCCAGGCUUGCCAGCAAGAAAGCUGUGGAGGAGCUUGCCUACAAGUGGAGUGUUGAGGACAUGUGACCUCCCUGAGGACAUGUGACCUCCCUGAGGACAUGUGACCUCCCUGAGGACAUGUGAUGCUGUGGUGCUGGUAGUACCACCUCACAUCCAGCUCUGAUGGAGUCCUGCUAAGAGACUGAGACCAGCAAGUUGCUGUCAGUCUGACCUUUGGACUAGGCACCUAAUCUUGGCUGUGUCCUUGCUAUCUGUGGCUGGCUUUGGCAAGACACGGUGACUUCUUUGUCCCAGGGUUUGUUCUUGGCCAGUGCUUUCCUUUUUCUUAAAAAUAAACACAUAUUUAUUUUUUU